ACGUAACAUGUACUCUGUGCCCUUGAGUGUUUACUUUGUGUGCUGUGCUUUGAUUUGUUGAUUGCUGUGCUUUACAGCGACGCGGCGUCGUAUUUGUGGUCGCCUACUGUACGAGAAAGGUGUGCCCGCCGAAUGGGUUAUUUUGGCGUUUCUUGAAGUUGUUUAGUCCGUAAAAUGGCCCAAAUUCGAUACACGAGAAAUCUGUUUUUGCGUGGUGUAUGCGUAGUUUACUUAUUCGCGUUCGCCUCUUUCUAUGUACAAAUACCAGGACUGUACGGAAAUGAUGGCGUUCUCCCUGCAAAGAACCAACUGGACAGCAAGGCCAAGACCCUGUCUGCACGAGUGCAGAGCAAGCCAACUCUGCUGUGGUUGGCUCCGUACGUCGGUCUCGACACGGAGUACAUGAUGGAUGUCCUUGCACUCCUUGGAAUAUUUCUGGCCUUCACCGGGUUUGUGUCCCAGAAGUUCUGCACGGCUCCAAUGUUUGCUGGUUUGUGGUCACUGUACUUCUCCUUGUACCAGGUUGGCCAGACCUUCAUGUGGUUCCAGUGGGACAUUCUGCUGUUGGAAGCUGGCUUCCUGUGCGUGUUGGCGGCUCCUUUCCGCUACCAACUGCAAGCCCGGCGCCGAACUGUCUCCGUCUCCCCACGGGACCUGGUGUCCUUCUGGCUGGUCCGCUGGCUCCUGUUCCGCCUCAUGUUCUCGUCCGGGGUCGUCAAGCUGACCAGCGGCUGUCCCACUUGGUGGGGACUCACAGCAUUGACGGUGCACUUUGAGUCGCAGUGUAUUCCAACACCACUGGCGUGGUAUGCCCAUCAUCUACCUACAUGGCUGUUAAAGUUGAGCACGGUGUAUGCUAAUGUGGCUGAGAUAGCACUACCAAUCCUCUUUUUCUUCCCUCUGCGAACAGUGCGAAUUACUGGAUUCUAUUUGCAGGUAUUACUUCAAGUGUGCAUUAUUCUAACAGGCAAUUACAACUUCUUCAAUUUGUUAACUAUCUGCCUGUGUGUGUCCUUGCUUGACGAUGAGUAUUUCAACAUAAAGCGACCACAGAGUGUAUCUGUGCGAUGGUGGAAAGUGUUCAGCAUAUUCGUGAAUUUGGUCAUCCACGCUGCCGUUAUCUAUGGUACCAUAGUUCUCUUCAACAUUAGAUGGUCACCAAAGAAUUUCCUGGAUAUGGAUAUCUCGUUCACGAAGCAGCAGUUUGACAAGGCGCUGGGGUUGGCUGUACCGGCCAUGGUGUACGUGGGCUUGAUUUCUCUCACCAUGACCGUGUUCGAAGCUGUGGUCCAGUCAUUGGUUGAGCCAAAGGGACCUGCGAAAAUAUUCACGUUUUUGACCACUGCCUUCUGCACUGGUGCUGCCCUCUUCAUCUUCGGCAUUAGCAUUGUGCCGUUCUCCACCCUCCACGCGUCGGGGAACAGCACGGUCGUCCCGGCCUUGCGGGAGUGGCACGGGCACCUUGACCACCUGCACCUCGCCAACUCGUACGGGCUGUUCAGGCGCAUGACGGGCGUGGGCGGCCGCCCGGAGGUCAUCAUCGAGGGCAGCAACCACCUGGAGGGGCCGUGGAAGGAGUACAACUUCCUGUACAAGCCGGGCAACGUCAACAGCACGCCGCCGUUUGUGGCGCCGCACCAGCCACGACUUGACUGGCAGAUGUGGUUCGCCGCCUUGGGGACGUACCACCAGAACCCGUGGCUCAUGAGCCUGACGUACCGUCUGCUGACGGCUCAGCCGGAGGUACUGCGCCUGUUGGACCAGUCCAGGAGCCCUUUCCCUGACAACCCUCCCAAGUACAUCAAGGGCAGCCUUUACCACUACCGCUACACACCUUGGAACCACAGGUCGACCCGAGUGUGGUGGACAAGGGAGAGGGUGGGGGAGUACUUCCCCGUGUUCUCCCGCGACCACCCGCCGCUGCUGGACUACCUUCGCAGCGUGAAGAUCCUGACGGACGACGCGCCCAAGGCCUUCCCCGCGCCGGCCGUUAAGGCUGCCCUCGACACCUUGCGCCAGGUCACCCAGGUCGAGGCGAGCAUCCUGCUGUGGUCGCUCUUUGCGGCCGGCUGGGCCAUCAUCGCCACGAGGAGCCUGUCGCAGCGGAGAUAAUGCCCUGCCGUCACGACCGUGUUAGAUAUCCAGUUGAACUUGUUCACUUAUUCGUAGAUUCCUUCUACAAACCACGUACAUUCUUUUCACGAUAAGGGAUACUUUUCAACAGUUCAGGGUUCUCUAUGUUCUCAAAAGUCAGGAAAUGUAAGAGAAAAAUAUGGGAAUUUACAAAAAGGCCUGGAAAUGAUUUGAUGGGGAAGUGUCAUUGUCCAAUCUGCCAACACCCAGGCCUAUAAUGAGCUUUCUAUUAUAAAAAGAAAAGAGCUUGGCAUAACACUUACAAUGAAUGAUAGAUAGUAUGUACAGUAUGGUUGCAUAUUUGGAUACAGCAUAUUUGUGGAAGAAAGAAAUUAUUUUCUGCAGUGUUAUUUGAUAGUUUUUUUUAUUAAUUAUUUGCAUAUAAUAAUGUCCUGGAAAGUAUGCACAUUAAAGUGAUUAAAUAAUUUUUUCCACUAUAAGAGAAAGAUGAUGUACAACCAGUGUGAUGCUUGAAUUAAAUAUUAAAUUAUGUUCUACAGUCUCUGAAACGUAAUGCAACAUAUGCAAUCAAAAUAUUUUUCUUGGUUCUAAUUAGUAAUAUUUUUUGAAGUGCUAGUAAUAGUACAAAUAGAUUUUGAAACUGUUUAAAUUAUUUAAAUUUAUCUUACAUUCUUCAUUGAAUCAUUGAUUAUUGUGUUUGUAUUUAUCACUAUUGAAUGUGUUGGUUUUCUAAGUAAUUCAGCUAUUGAAAUGAAAAAAAAAAAAAAGUCAGAAUAUGCUUUUGACCAUAUACAAGCAGAAGUUCUAUUGUUGUGGAUUUCAAAACGUCUUAGUAAAGUAUUUCAAUUUUUACAUCUUCAAAAUCUUUAGGUAGUUAAUAUUCUGGAUGAGACAUUUUUUUACAGUUGCAAAUUACAGGAAUGUGUUUCAUUUUCAUUUGAGUUAUAAAUUUGAAAGUUAUACUGUUGAUUUUUCAUAAACUUCUCCUCCCCCUCCCCAUGUAUUUUUGGAAGGAAUGAUUUUGCAUUUUGUAACAUGUACAAAAAUUUCAAUCUCAUAUUUCAUUGCCCAUGCGAAUAAGUCGGCUGAAUACUUCCACGAUUGCUUGUUUGUGUGUGUUGAACUUUCAAAGAUAUCCUCAUCCUUAGCUUAUGGUUAUGUUUGUGAGUGUACAGUAAUCUUAUCUUUAAAGACUUCCACUGCCAUUUUUUUGGAGAUUUUGCAUUAUAUAUGUCUGUGUUGUAGCUAGGUAUAUUAAAUAAAGGUAGACAGGAUCCUGAAACUCUGGAUUAAAGUCGAGAAAGAGACCGUUCUCAAACUUCGGGAAAAUAAUUUUUCUCCUCUUGCUAAUACUUUGGGAAACCCAAUUUUUUUUUUUAAUAUUCCUGGGUUAUGUUCCUAGGCCUUCCAAAAAAGCCUAAUGUGCGAAGUAAAAACUUUGUGGCCGUCUCGUGACAUGUUGGGUGGCACAAGGAAUAAUAUGUUACGUAACAAACCACAAUUUUGCACAUGUAUUGACCAGACAAGGCACAAAGGAUUCACAUAAACACACAUCUGUGAUAUGUAAUUCAACCCUUGUUCAUAAAUGCUGUUAAAAAUAAAAACUUUGUACUAAAUAAAGCUCUCAAUGUGCUCAAACACAUUUUUAAUAAGAUAUUUUUAACUUGACUAACGUAAACAUCUUUACCAUAUUGUUAGGUUAUGCUUGAAAAUGAACUUCACGAGAGCAGCAAUGAACAGUGUUGCCGAACACAUUACAUUCGAAACGACACAAUACUCAGUUUUUAACAAACUGAAAGAUUCCGUCUUGGUUUCAAAUAUUUAACCCAUAAAUUUUUCUUUCUUUCAGAAUCACAUGUGGUACUUAUUAUUCGUCCUUUUUUUUUUUUUUUUUUUUUUUUUACGUGAAAUCAUUAUACUACUACAUAAUCAUUUAUGGUAUGAAUGAGAUGUGUUUGGAGACAUAUUAAUGGUAAAUACUUUUUUUUCUGUAUACCUACCUAGUUAAGUAACAUAAUUUCAAUGCUGUUCCCAAUCCUCAUCCUGAAAAUCCAAUAUAUUUCCCGGUCGAAUCCUGUCCCGAAGUAAAAAUGGCAUUCCCGUCCACCUCUUUAAUAUUAAAAUUUAUUCAUGUUUUUGGAAGAAAAAGUACCAUGCUUUGCGGAGUGACAGGGUAAACUAUUUUAAGAGAAAUUUUUACAAGCAUGCAGUCAGUUUGCAAUAGUUUGUGUAAGCCAUUAGGAAUCACUGGUAAUAUUAAAAAGAGAUGCAAAAACUUUUUGUAUUGUGUACAGUCCUGUUGUCUCUUUCAUUUACAUGAUAACUGAACAUGAUUCACAUCAUUGAACACGCAGAUAUGGCUGCAUACGGAAGUGAUGUGGCCCAGUGUGCGUAGCACUUUCACUUUGAGGUUGAGCCACAGUAUUUUCUGUUGCAGCUUGCCUAUCACGAACGUUAUUUUGGAUGGGUUGUAGCACUUGGAAGUUAAUUCUGUUUUGUGUUUAGUAGUUAAAUGCCGUGUAUUCAACACAUUCUGAGGAACCAUAAUGACGUAAAAGUAGCGUAGUAGGUUAGCGCAGCAACUAUUUCCAGAGCUUCUGUUUGAUAGUUCCAACAACUGUUCUUCAUCUACAGAGAACGUAGUACACAUAUUCCCGUUCUUCAUAUCAGUUGGCUUUCUCAAAAACUGGUAAGAAUUGACUGUAUGGUUGUAUGAAACCAUUUUCUUUCAGAAUUGGCUACAUUGUUAUUAAGCAAAGCACUUUUUUUUUCUGAAUAUUAAUUGUUUCCAUGGUCAGGUGCACAAUUUGUGUUUGUGUCACAAAAUAGCAUACAAUCUUAAGUUACAAGUAAAUAAGGGAACCAGAGGCGAAAUGGACAGAUAGAACGCAAACUCUGUUUUUGAUGAUCACGUCCUGAGUAUGUGAAGGAUUCAGUUUUCGAGGGUAAAAAAUACUUAUGAAAAUAUUAGAGGAAAUAAAGUAAAUUAAAAAAUUUCAACACUGAUAACCUAAAGUUUAUUAGGUCUUCAUGCGUAUCUUUGUACCAUACUGUAUGUUGUACUUAUAACGUGUAAUUAUAUAAAUUAACUUAAAAUAUGUUUUGAUUCUGGAAAUAUAUUUUGUGAAACAAAGGGUGGAAUGUUUCGACACCAUAGUUAAUAUUUUUCAUUUACUGUACAUUAUUUUAUCACCUGAACGUAAAUUCGGAUUUGAGAAAAUUGUGAUUUGACCCAUCACUAGCCUGAAUUGAUUGAAGCAAAAAAAUUAUAAUAUUGUUAAUUUAGUAGUACAUAAUAUUUACCAGUUGGGAUGAGUAUUUAGACUGUCAGCUGUGAGUAUGCCUAGAUCAAAGAGAAAGAGAUUGCUGCACCAUUUCAGCUCUGGUUCUUUAUUUUGUGCUAUAAUUGUUCAAACUGGUUUUACUCAACUUAUAUGAUUGUAAUUUUACUGCAAGAAUUUCAAAUGUGCAUAUUGUAUUUCAAAUCUAUUAAAUGUUUUUGUAUUACAACUUGGUGUUAACAGGUAUGAAUAUUUUUUUAUAAUUCAGGGAUACAAGUACAUACUUUAGCUGUUAAAAUAUCAUUUUCAAGUUAAAUAUUAAAAGGAUUAAGAUGUGUUAAAGUAGAUUGAUAAAAUUGGCUCUCGCUGACCAAGUAGUGCCAAAAUGUCCUAAAAAUAACUGCAUAAAGUCGUAAAUAAGUGAUUUAAAACUCAUUUAAUUAGCGUCUAAAGAAAAUUAUUCAUUAUUUUGACCAGAAACUAACUUAUAAGUGGCACAUAAAUGUGUGAAGGCCAUUUGCAAAAAAAAAAAAACUACUUUAUAAGUGGGAAUAUUAUCUUAAUGACAAAAAUAAUUAGUAGUUUCACAUUAUUUUUCUUUAUACUGUUUCUAUGAGGUUAAAUGUUGCCCAGUAGAUACAAAGGAAUGUGCAAGUCUAACUUGCACUUUUUGUUAGUGUAAUUACUAUUACUGGAUGGUUGCUGUACAUGCAUUUUGCAAACUUUGCUUAAUUUAUUUGCAUUCCUGUUGCAUUUUAUUUACAGCUACCUUUAUACUGUAUCUUUGUUUGUAGUACCUUACCUAGUUAACAAGUAAGUAUAAAUGCAUAUUUUACUACGUAGGUUAAGUUACGUUUUUUUUUGUUUCUAUAAAGUUAGUGAAUCGCGCAAGACUUUUACGACUUUGUUAACAUUACUUCUCUAGUUUUUGUUUAGAUUUUGCACUGAAUUUGUGUGUCUAAUUUUAGCAACUAUGUACUGUUUUUAUCUACUAAGCAGUGCCGUUUUCCAUUAACUGUUAGUGUUAUUAUGCUGUUGCAUAUUUUUCUUACUUAAAUGAAGACUGUGUUGUGUAACUGUGAACCUGUAUCUGGCAUUAGAAAAUUAUAGUUUUUUUUUAUUUUUAUUAUUUUUUAUAUUAAUUUAGCUUUUAGGGUGAUUUUAUUACUAUUUUUGGGUAAGCUCGUCACAGAAGCUAGAAUGGUUUAUUGAUAGGGACAAAAUUAUAUGGUGAAUUGUGAUAACAUUUCAAUAAAACAUGUAACAUUGAAAUGCAAGUUAAUACACCAUUUAGCACCGAAAUGUAACUAAAAACUUGAAAUCAAUCAGCAAUUUGACAAAACAUUCAAAUUACAAAUAUUUAAUCUUUUAUAAUGGUAAAUGUUUUGAAUAUAAUUUAUAUUCCAGAAUUUAUAACCUAAAUGGAGUGAAAAAACAUUAAUUUUAUAUUAGUUAAUAUUGUACUAGUUACAUUAGUGACACAAUGGUUACAUUAAUGAUGUCACGUGUUUCAAACGAGCAAAAAUUAGCACUUUUAUUUUUAUGUUCUAUUUUAGACAUGCUUAUUACUAAUCAUUUUAUUGUAUUAGCUCAUUACUCAUUAGGUAUCAAUCAAAAUGAGAAUAUUUUGGUGAAAUUAGCAUUACAAAAUAAUUUAGUUUCAUAUUUGUUAAAUAUUACUUUUUUUAACGAAUAAAGACAAUAUAUAAAAAUAUAAACAAUAAAACCGAAAUCUCCUGUUUUAAAACUGAAAUUGUCCUGGAAAUAAAACCAUAUUAUCUUGUCCCUAUUCAUAAAAAAAUUGCAUCACAGUUAAUAUAUUGUGCAUGAUUGUAGAAACAAAUGUUGUCAGCUUGAUCACUAAACGUAGCUCUGUAUUUUGUCUAUUAACAGUGAACAUGAGACUGCUAAGGAGGUGAUCAGCUAAGCUUGUGUAUCAUGAUGGAAGAUUUCUCAAUAAAUUUAAUACUUGCCUGCAAGGCUGCUGGUAUGAGUAGUUCAGAAAAAGGUGCGGAAAUUUGAUAGUAAAAUUAAAACCGUCAAAGAUAUUUAAAAAAAUUAAUGAACCGUUUUUCAUAAAUAAGUGUGCAACAAUUUUUAUCCUAAAAAUGUUUUCUCUACGAUGCGUUGUUUUCUUGACAUUAAAUGAAAGGCAAUUUUGGAAGGUACAUUGGUUUAUUAUUUUAACUUAUUGUAUUUCAUCUUUAUUAAGUUGUUGAAAGUACUCUUUAAGGUAGGUAAGCUUCUGCAAAUGUCAUUUUUCAAAGUGGCAGUGUUUGCUUUGUUCACUAACAAAUAUUGCAGAAGCAGUGACCAAUGAGUGAACUAUAAUGUGAUACUUUUUUCCAUAGAAUUUGCUGGCAUGCUGGCUUUCAUCAUGUAUCUGUAGAAGUUUGUAUUGAAUACUAAUGAAACCUUUCACCGUUUCACCAUGUCUUACCAGACUUGAUACAGUUAGCUUGCACAAGAUGUAAACUUUUUUAUUUUGGCUUUUAGGAAUGUAAUGGUUAGGAAUGAUUUAUUUAUAUAUUAUUUUAAAUACUUUUUUUUUUUUCAUAAUUUUAUAUUGAGUUAUGCAUGAGUAUUUUUUAUUUACAUUAGUUUAUACAAUAUUGUAAUAAGAGUGAUGCUUGUUCAAUAUAGGACUAAAUCUCUUGCUGAAACACUAUAAAAUAAUGUUGCAGGAUGAACAGCUAUCACGGAAUCUUUUGUACACUGUGAUAAAGCAAGAAUAUCUAUUUUAUAUAAUUUUCUACUUAGUUCAUGUGAUUUGUAACAUCAUUGUGGUUUUAUUGUAGUGUGCUUGGAAACUAACCAUUUUGUAUGUGUGUUAAUUUUACCUAAUUUGUUUAACAUAUUUGUUUCUUUAAAGGAUAAAAGUAGAAUUGAAGUGAACAAUUUAUAAGCGUGAAAUAAAAAUAUUAACUAUUUUUAUGAGGAUUUUAGUUUUCUUAUUUAAUAUGUAGUUAUAGGUGUAGUACAUAAGUAAUAAAACUAAUAAUACUAGUGAAUUUAGUAGGCCUCUUGGUUAUGAAAUUAGCCACGUAAAUUGUUGGAGUGGUGUUGUUGAAUUGUGUUAAUUCUUUGAAAGUACAUACAUGAUUAUUGUAAGAGUUGUAAUGUAUCUUAUGAUUAAACAUAUUUUGAGUGUUACAGUGUAGCAAACUGGUUUAAUGGGAAGUUGUUAAAAAUUUAAUCAUAUGUUGUGAUCAAACAAGGGAUCAUCCACGUAUUUGGUUAACUUAGACAUAUUUAAGAUGUUUAAUGAGUUUUCAUGUUGAAGGGUUUUCUUUAUCAUUGUUGUGUAUUACAUUUAUAUUCCACAAUAAUACCAGGGAAAUUUGGUCUGAUAAGUUACUCUUGGAAUGAACUAUCCAUAGUCAUUUGCUGGUUGUGCAGAGAAUAAAUUUGUUCAACUGUUGUGAGUUUGCUAAAUGCAUAGUUUUGGGAUGUGCUAUUGAAAUGGCAAUGUUGAGAUUAAUGAGCGUGGCAUAAAUCCCAAAGGAUGAUAAUCCAUCUAAAUAAAAUAAUGUGAGACUAGUACAAUUGUGCCAAAUCAGUGAAAAUGGGAUAUUAAUGUAAGUAACUUUGCUGAGCAGGUAUAGACCCCUAAUACCUACAAGUAAAGGUAUUCAAAAGAUUUCUUAUUAACUGAUCCCUUAUCUUAAGAUUGUAUUUUUCUUCCUUUGGGAUAAGUUUCACGCGUUGGUUAUUGUUGUUUUAAACAUAUAUAAUGAUGAUAAUAUAUCACAUAGAGGUGUAUCUCUCUCUCUCUCCCCCCCCCCCCCCCCCCCCUUUUUUUUUUCUCUUCCUUUUUCUUGCAACCAACUUUACUUCUCCCCAGCCCACUUUCACAUUUUUUGAUUUUUGUGUGUGUGUAAGUUGAAGCUAAUUUAGCCACCCUCCAAUCAGCCUGGUGUACAAUGCAAAAUAUUUUUAAAAACUUGAUAACACAGUUGUGGAAAUAGAUUGUUAGUUUUCUACGUUUAUUGGUGUUGAAUGAAAUAAAGAUCAAAUUGUGAA